UUUUUUUUUUUUUUAAAAGUAGAAACUGAUUAUUGUUGUGUUCAAUGCAGGAACACUGCCUGCCCCUAACAUAACUUGUUCAUGUUCCACUUUCAGUCUUACUACUUUGACCGAGAUGAUGUGGCUUUGAAGAACUUUGCCAAAUAUUUUCUUCACCAAUCUCAUGAGGAGAGGGAACAUGCUGAGAAACUGAUGAAGCUGCAGAACCAACGUGGUGGCCGAAUCUACCUUCAGGAUAUCAAGAAACCAGACCGGGAUGACUGGGAGAAUGGGCUGACUGCAAUGGAGUGUGCAUUACACUUGGAAAAAAGUGUGAAUCAGUCACUACUGGACUUGCACAAACUGGCCACUGACAAAAAUGACCCUCAUUUGUGUGACUUCAUUGAGACUCACUACCUGAACGAGCAGGUGAAAUCCAUCAAAGAAUUGGGUGACCACGUAACCAACUUGCGCAGGUUGGGGGCCCCUGAAACUGGCAUGGCAGAGUAUCUCUUUGACAAGCACACCCUGGGAGACAGUGAUGAGAGCUGAGCCUUAGGCUGGCUUCCCAUAGCCACGGGGUGACUUCCUGGUCACCAGAGCAGUACCUGCAUGUUAGAGUUACCUUUACCUUUUCUAUAACUUGUACCAAAUCAUCCACUUACGUCUUUCAUUUGUACCGUUCCUUCAAAUAAAGUAAUUUGGUACCCA